ACAAAUUUUUCCAUCGCGGAGGGAGUAACAGAUAGCUCCAUUCAGCCACCUACUACGUUACAACCACUUUUUUGAAUUGAAUCUUACUACAAAAAAAAAAAAAAACUUUUGAGUUGAAUCUUUCACCCACCAACAACCGUUAUCUCACACCACACAAAGUCACAAACCAACCAACCAAACACAACUAACAGCCGCCAAACCAAACAUAACCCUCUUACGUUUUCACUUUUCAAUUUUGUUUUUUUAUUAUUUGUUUCAAUUCUCUUUUAUAUUAUUAUAGCUUUAAAUUGUUAAUGUUUCUUGUUCUUGUUUCUUUACCAAUUUUUGUUCCUCUUUGGUUUCAACAAUGGAGGCUAAGCUUCUAAAUGCUACUACUAUUUACAAACCUUCAAUACCCUUUUCUUCUUUUCAUCUAAAAACUCGAGGGUCUUGUUUUUCAUUCAACCCCAUUUCAUAUUUUCCUCAAAAAUCCAAUCUUUCUGUUAAAGCACAAGCUGCUUCUAUUGGAUCAGUGCCAAUAAAGAAAAGGAUUGAUGGAAGUGACAAUUUGACCCUUGAUCAUAUAAGACAUUCUUUGAUUCGUCAAGAGGAUAGCAUAAUCUUUUCCCUCUUGGAGCGAGCCCAAUAUUGUUACAAUGGAGAUACUUAUGACCCUGAUGCCUUCAAUAUGGAUGGAUUUAACGGCUCUUUGGUAGAAUACAUGGUCAGGGAAACUGAGAAACUUCACGCCAAGGUUGGCAGAUACAAGAGCCCUGAUGAACAUCCAUUCUUUCCUGUUGGUCUACCUGAACCAUGGUUACCGCCUUUGCAAUACCCCCAGGUGUUGCACCCUAUUGCUGAAUCAAUAAAUAUAAAUGAUAAUGUGUGGAGUGUAUACUUCAGAGUUCUUAUCCCACAAUUAGUCAAGGAAGGAGAUGAUGGUAAUUACGGAUCUUCUGCUGUUUGUGAUGUAAUGUGCUUGCAGGCUCUUUCAAAGAGAAUUCAUUAUGGCAAAUUUGUAGCUGAGGCAAAAUUUCAAGCUGCUCCAGAAGCAUAUAAAGCUGCUAUUAUAGCACAGGAUAAGGAUAAAUUAAUGGAAUUGCUAACAUAUCCUGAGGUUGAAGAAGCAAUUAAAAGAAGAGUAGAGAUGAAGGCCAAAACUUAUGGACAAGAAGUGGUUAUAAAUAUGAAGGAACACAGAACUGAGCCUGUGUAUAAAAUAAAUCCAAGUUUGGUUGCUGAUUUAUAUAGUGAUUGGAUCAUGCCAUUGACAAAAGAAGUUCAAGUUGCUUAUUUAUUAAGGAAGCUAGACUAAGCAUACACCUAACUUCUUUUUCAAUUACAAUGUUUAUACAUUAUUUAUCUCCGUCGUGUCCAUUGUCCGAUCGACUCGUGUUGAUGUCCAACUCAUAUUCAAUUACUUUCAUUUUUCUCAAAUUAUUACUGGUGUCGAUGUGGUGUGUCAAUGUCGUGUUUAUGUAGUUGUAUGUGUAUGUGUCGGUGCUUCGUAACGAAUGUCAAGUAUACAAUGGAUGAAUUUAUUGGCAUAAUGACUAUGAAUUCUAGCUUAUAUGUAAUUAACAUAUGAAUAAGCCUAUAUUGUUUAUUAUACAA